AUGGAUUCAUUAAAAAAAGUUGGCAUGGGUAAAUUGUUUCUACAAGAUACAAUUUUAGAUGAAUUAACAGAUGUUUUCUCGUCUAUUGAUAAAGAAGAGGGAGAACCAUUGAAUAUAAAAGGUUUAUUAACACAUGGUCUGUCAAAUAUUAUUUGUAGUUUUGCAUUUGGACAACGUUUUUCACAAGAUAAUAAAAAAUUUCGUCAUAUUGUUAGUCUAAUUGAAGAAUGUUUUACGCUUGGAUCUCAUGAUUCAUGGAUAACAAUAUUUCCUUUACUUCGAUUUAUUCCAAUUCGUUCACUUGGCGGAAAUUAUAAACAAUUUUCAAAAAAUUUUAAACAAAUAUUCUCAUUUGCUAAACAACUGGUUGAACAGCAUAAUGAUGAUAAUGAUGGUGAAGACAAGGAUUAUAUUGAUGCAUUUUUAAAACAAGCUAAAAAUGAUCAAUUAUCCCAAAAAGAAAAUUCAACAUUCGAUAUGGAUCAAUUAAUAUCAUCAAUUACAAAUUUAUUUAUUGGUGGAACUGAAACGACAUCAACAACACUACGGUGGGCACUUGUAUAUAUGAUUGAAAAUGCUCAUAUUUUAGAAAAAGUUCAACAAGAAAUCGAUCAAUACAUGUUGAUUCAUAAUAAUAAUCAGUUAUAUGUACGUAUGGAAGAUAAACCAUUUCUACCGUAUACAACAGCAACUAUUCUGGAAAUACAACGUUGUGGUAAUAUAGCAACAUUAGGUGGUAGUACAAUGCAUCGAAAUUUACAGGAUACAACACUCAAUGGUUAUAAUAUACCAAAAAAUUCGUAUAUAGCUGCCAAUUUUUAUGCUGUUCAUGUUGAUGAACGUCAAUUUGCUCAACCAUAUCAAUUUGAUCCAACAAGAUUUUUAUCAGACGAUCACAAAUCAGUUCGACGUCCUGCAGCAUUCAUUCCAUUUUCAAUUGGAAAAAAAUCAUGUCCUGGUGAAUCACUAGCUAAUAUGGAACUUUUUCUUUUCUUUACAAAUUUAGUCAGAGAAUAUAAUUUUCACGUGGUGAACAAAAAUGAACAGAUAAACUCUGCAAAAUUUUAUCACACAAGUCUAACACGUGCACCACACGAUUUUUAUGUAUCUUUUAGUAAAAGACUUUAUUAA